AUGAAGUCACAUAUUCCGAUUGAUUUAAUCGCUCAUAUACUAUGCAGAUUACCCAUCAAGAGUGUCGUACGUUUUCUCUGCGUUUCGAAGUCAUGGGCCGAACUAAUCAAAGGGCUAGGAUUCAUCAAUACCCACCUCAAGCGCUCCAUCAACAGCGACAGAGAUUGCACCAUAAUCAUCGACCAAAUAGCUAGCGAUCCGUCCUUACAUUUCUUAUCUGUCCUUUUCCGCCGUGAUAAUGAAAAUUGCUUGCCUAAGGCCAUGGAAAUUUACCCGCCACUACAAGGCCGUCCAGAAAGGGAGACCACCAUCGUGGAUUACUGCAAUGGCUUGGUCUGCCUUCAUAACUGUGUCAAAGAGAUCGCUCUUUGGAAUCCAUUGAUAAGGAAGUACAAGAAAUUGCCAAGUGAACCAGUACAGAGGCCUUCUGGUUUCGAGGACUCGCUUUGGUCGACUGUAUAUGCAUUCGGACAUGAUCCGCAUAAUGAUGACUAUAAGGUGGUGAGAAUUGCGCAAUUUUGCGAAGAAUACCGUCCUCUUCUGAUUAUAGGAAUUGAAGUCAAGAUCUAUAGUCUUAAAUUACAAGCUUGGAAAAAAGUUGUAGAACUACGGCCAAACAAGCUGCCCCUGAUAUCUUCAUCACCAGCAGUCUCCACGAAUGGAGCUGCGCAUUGGUUAACUAUUCCAGAUCGAAGCGUGCCGGGUCAGGAAAUUAUUGCUUUUGAUUUUGCAAACAACGAGAAAUUUCUUUUUUAUAAGACACCGGUUCAACCAAUUGACACUGAUGAUAUUCAGAAGACGGGUUUGGGAGUGUUAGGAGGAUGCCUAUGUUUUGUUGUGAAUGAUUGCAAGAGUAUGUAUCAUGAUGUUUGGUUGAUGAAGGAAUAUGGAGUAGAGAGUUCUUGGACAAAGGUUUAUAAAACUGAUCUACGUGCAAAUAAAUUUUCUUUGAAUUCGAAUUUUGAGUUUUUGAAGCCUCUCAAGUUUUCCAGGGACGGCAAGAAAGUUCUGUUGGAAAAUAGUGAGAAUCUUUUUUGGUAUGACUUAGAAAAGAAAAGAAGGAAGAGGCUUAAGGUUCAGAAUUUGCCUGUUCUGUUUAGGCCUCUAACUUCUACUGGGAGCCUUCUUCUGCUUGAUGAUGGUGAUAGUGUGAUUGAUCCGAAGCAAAACAAGAUUAAGAAUUUGGUCAAUUGUCAUUUUGGUCCUAUAAGUAUCAUUAAUAAGAAUUAUCAUAAUAAUCCCAUAGAAUAUACUUUCAGAAUUACUCAGCAGGUGUUCGUGGCUGAUGAGUUUUGCCGCGACAGCCGUAGUCGGGUUGAGGCUGAGACCCAGGCUUGGGCGGAAAUGGAGAAAGCCUUGGGGUCCCUCAAGCACGAGCACCUUCAACUCACGGACAAGUUCAAGGUGUCGGAGAACCGGCGCAAAAGUGCAGAGGCUGGAGUUCCUGCGGAUUCGGUACUAAGGCUACCCGAGAGCAUCUUCUAUCCUAGGGAGAUCCGUGCGAAUCCUGAAGACGCCCAAGUGGCUCCAAAGCAGGACCUAGCGGUGCCUGAUGCCGUCCUUGUGCCUGAUAUGGCGAAGGAUCCUGCUGCAGACUCUACCAUCGAGACACAGGUUAUUAGUCAAAACGGAAAUGGGUUCUUGGCGCUGCGCGUUGGAUGA